AUGGCGGGUAUCUUUCGGACGAUUUAUGACUGGCUCCUGAGGAUGUUUUGGGCGACGGAGAUGGAUGUCACCAUGAUCGGGCUGCAGAAUGCAGGGAAAUCGUCGCUUUUGCGUGUGCUUGCGGGAGGCGAGUUUACUGUAGAUUCCAUCCCCACCAUUGGCUUCAACACGAAACGGGUUCAGAAAGGCCAUGUGACCUUGAAAUGCUGGGAUCUGGGAGGCCAACCGCGGUUCCGACCAAUGUGGGAGCGAUAUUGCCGCGGUGUAAAUGCGAUAGUGUACAUCGUUGAUGCAGCGGACCGCGCUGCACUUCCGGUCGCCACCGAUGAGCUGCACGAGUUGAUGAACAAACCCACUCUUGAAGGUAUUCCGCUGUUGGUUCUUGGGAACAAGUCCGACCUCCCGAAUAAGCUAUCCGUUGAUGAACUGAUUGACGCGAUGGAUCUGAAAUCCAUUACCCAUCGCGAAGUGAGCUGCUAUGGAAUCAGUGCCAAAGAAGAGACUAACCUUGAUGCGGUUCUGCACUGGUUAAUCGCCAAAGCCAGUCGAUGA